AUGGACCAAGAAGAGAAACUAGAUAAACGUAUAGCCUUUACAGUGAGUGGCAAAGUUCAAGGUGUCAAUUUUCGCUGGUUCACACAGAAGAAAGCAAGGGCACUUGGAGUUGUUGGCUGGGUACGCAAUACAGAUGAUGGAAAGGUAGAGGGCGAGGCUCAAGGCUCUGCCUCCCAAAUCGAAAGUCUACGUGUAGAUCUCAAAGAGGGGCCACCUCAUGCAAAUGUCACAGGGUAUGAAGACAAGGAGCUGGAUCUUAAGGAGAAAGGGGUGGCCGAGGGGAGGUUUGAGGUUUUAAGGUAG